AUGAACUUCAUGAAAGAUCCGUUAAGCCUGGAGCGCCUGGGAGCCGGGAAUAAGCUGUGCUCCACUUCACCUUCCUCCUCCUCCUCUUCAUCCUCUUGCCAUCAUCACCAGUCGGCACUGGUCAUGGCUUCAGCUGUAGCGCCGGGGCAGUCUCGCUCUUCCCUGGACUCCUCCAAACACCGGCUGGAGGUGCACACCAUCUCGGACACCUCCAGCCCCGAGGCCGCAGAGAAAGAGAAAAGCCAGCAGAGUAAAAAUGAGGAUGCCGGGGUUGACGAUCCCUCCAAGAAAAAGAGGCAACGGCGGCAAAGGACUCAUUUCACCAGCCAGCAGCUGCAAGAACUAGAGGCCACUUUCCAGAGGAAUCGCUACCCGGACAUGUCCACCCGAGAAGAGAUCGCCGUCUGGACCAACCUCACCGAAGCCAGAGUCAGGGUUUGGUUCAAGAACCGCAGAGCCAAAUGGAGAAAGAGAGAAAGAAACCAGCAGGCUGAGCUUUGCAAAAAUGGCUUUGGUCCACAAUUUAACGGUCUAAUGCAGCCCUACGAUGAUAUGUACCCCGGCUAUUCUUACAACAACUGGGCAGCCAAAGGCCUGACCUCUGCCUCCCUUUCCACCAAAAGCUUUCCUUUCUUCAACUCUAUGAAUGUCAACCCUCUGUCUUCUCAGAGCAUGUUCUCCCCUCCAAAUUCCAUCUCAUCCAUGAGUAUGUCUUCAAGCAUGGUGCCCUCUGCAGUCACUGGGGUCCCUGGUUCCAGCCUCAACAGCCUGAAUAACUUGAACAACUUGAGCAAUCCCUCUCUGAAUUCUGCAGUGCCAACGCCAGCCUGUCCUUAUGCUCCUCCAACACCUCCUUAUGUUUAUAGGGACACAUGUAACUCUAGUUUGGCUAGUCUGAGACUUAAAGCCAAGCAGCACUCCAGCUUUGGAUACGCCAGUGUUCAGAACCCAGCUUCCAACCUGAGCGCAUGCCAAUACGCUGUGGACAGACCCGUGUGA